GUGUGACAGUUAUACAGUCUACUGGGGUAAUAUGGCGAUGAUCAGGACGCCGGUAUGGGGUAUGGAGUGAUCAGGACGCUGGUAUGGGGUAUGGAGGUGAUCAGGACGCUGGUAUGGGGUAUGGAAGUGAUCAGGAUGCUGGUAUGGGGUAUGACGAUGAUCAGGACGCUGGUAUGGGGUAUGGAGGUGAUCAGGACGCUGGUAUGGGGUAUGACGAUGAUCAGGACGCUGGUAUGGGGUAUGGAGGUGAUCAGGACGCUGGUAUGGGGUAUGGAGGUGAUCAGGACGCUGGUAUGGGGUAUGGAAGUGAUCAGGACGCUGGUAUGGGGUAUGGAGGUGACCAGGAUGCUGGUAUGGGGUAUGGAGGUGAUCAGGAUGCUGGUAUGGGGUAUGGAGGUGAUCAGGACGCUGGUAUGGAAGUGAUCAGGACGCUGGUAUGGGGUAUGGAGGUGAUCAGGAUGCUGGUAUGGGGUAUGGAGGUGAUCAGGACGCUGGUAUGGAAGUGAUCAGGACGCUGGUAUGGGGUAUGGAGGUGAUCAGGACGCUGGUAUGGGGUAUGGAGGUGAU